AUGGAUGCCUCUCCCACUGAUCUCAUUUUCAUGCAACCUUUCCCAUACCGCGCCUUGUGUGCUCAGCCAACAAACUCAUGUUUUCGGCAGCCGGCAAAGGUCGUAGCGUUGGUUACUCCAAGCGGCCGCUUUUAUCCUAUCCAGGCACUGAUCGGAUUGUUUCGAAGCGAUUACAUUUCAAAUCUGUUACUCUCGUUUCGUCUUGGCCAAAUUCGUGCAGUACAACUCGAUUCUAUUCGUAGUUUAUGGCGAAUCCGCAAAUGUGGACGAGUUUUUGCACUCAAUCGAGGAGACGAGGACGCAGUCCCAAAGCACAUCAAACCAAAUCGCCAGCUGAUUUUAUGUGCACUAGACAACAGGAUACAUCCUAUGGAAAAACAAAUACGAUGUCAAGUACCACGAGGUGUCAGACGUCGGAUUAGACGGAAAUAG